GUUCACUUCCUGUUUAAAGUCCACCUUCGGUUGUGUUUAGUUUUUCUGUUUAUGUUUUGAGAUGAUGCAGCUCCACGGGUCGGUGUUUAUUUAUCCGGUGGUUUUGUGAGAUUGUGUGGAAAACGGACAGACAGAUAAACAGACAGACAGACAGACAGACAGACAUGCAGGAGUCUGUGGAGUCUGUGGUCCGGAUGCUGGAGUCCUACAGAGGAAGGGAUAAAGUGAUCCGGACUGUGUGCUACGGAUCGCAGCUCGUCGGUGGCGUCCUUUCUCAGAGGCCGGAGUCGGAAGCGUCGUCUCGUCGCCUUGGUAACAGUCUGCUGCUGUUCUCAGCUCAGCUCAGUCACUGCAGGACGGUGCUGAGGCUGUUCGAUGACCUCUCCAUGGUGACGUAUUCCCACGGAUACGGACUCGGACCCCAGGACGAGGACUGGUGUGUUCGCUGGAUUUCGGUUCUGACCAACGUGGCGGAUCAGCUGUACUAUCCCUGUGAACACGUGGCCUGGGCCGCCGACGCAGAACUCAUCAAAGUCAAAUCUGACAAGUGGUGGUUGGUCAGCGACGUCCUGUGGGGAACGUCACUGCUGCUGGGAAUCCUCAGGUCUGUUCGUGUUCUGCUGCUGCUGAAGAAGAAAUUGAAGACAUGUGGCGACAGCGGGGGUCGCUCUCGGUUGCGCAGUCAGAUGCGAUGGGAGCUGCUGUCCAUCGUAAGCAGCGCCGCUGACCUCAGUAACGCCAUCCACUGGAUGCCUCCUGGCUUCCUGUGGGGGGGGCGCUUCCCCAAGUGGCUGGUGGGGCUGAUGGGAACCGUCUCGUCUCUGAUUGGUCUGAUGCAGAUGCAGGCCGACUCUGCAUAGUCACAGAACCCUUUUAUGAAUCCAAGUUUUUGUUUUUUGUUUUUUUUUACCUAAUUUGAACAUUUCAGUCCAUAAUCAGUAAAGCUGGGAGACUCAGAAAAUGUCAUAGUUUCAGUGUUAUUAUAAUUAUCAGCAGGUUCACUGCUAUUAAAGACAUGAACUGACAGAAGACGAUGAAAGCUCUACAUGAGGCCAAAACACUGACAUAGAAAUGAGUUUCAACCUCAUAGUGAGUCCACAAUGAAUAUGUUCACACUCCACACACCUCAGCUGAAAUCUACUACUGAUUAUAAGUAUUAAUUAAUACCUGUAAUGUGAUUGUCAUAGACUGUUUUGAUUUCCAUGUAUAGUCUUUUCUGUCACAUCUUAGUGAAAAGAGUUGGGUGAUAAAAAAUUAUUAUCACCUUUAUGCUUUUCAUAUCAGUCAAGGAUGCUAAUAGUAAUAAUAAUUUUUUUUUUUUUUUUUUUUUUUUUACAAGGUUAAAGGCUGCACACACAAAAACACAACACAAGAAUGAUGGAAAUGAUGGAAAAAGUAAUUCAUUAAUGACAUAAAUGAUGCAAUAUGAAAAGUCAUAGGAUAUAAACUGAUUAAAAUGACACAAAAGGCAUAAACUUAGAGGUGAAAUGAUGUAAAAGAUGCAACAAAAUGAAAACAAUGUAAAGUUAUUUGUGGUGUAAAGCUUUUCCUUAUGAUCAGAACAUGACAAACAGCAGAACUUUUCACAGUUCUAGACGUCAAACAUCCAAAAAAAUGAUAAAAUGUUUAGUGGAAAAAUAUUUGCGAAGUAAAGGACAUAAAAUAACUGAACAC